AAUUCCUGUAAAGAAAACCCUCCGUAUUCCUUCCCAUUUAUUUUAACGCUCUCUGUCUCUCUCUCUCUCUAGAAUAGUAAUCCUCAUUUCUCUGUCUGUCUCUCUCUACUUUCGCCCUCUUUCUUUCACUUCAACAGUCCCAAACAAGAAACAAAGAAUCUAAUGGCGGCCAAUCCACAAAUCAGAGUCUCAGAUCUCACUUUCUCUCUCUAAAAAAACGAGUUCCUUGUGACGCCAUAGACUGAGAUAGAGGUUUCUCAGCUUCGGAUCGAGAAUGGCGACUCUGCAGAAAUUUAAAUUUCUAGCUUCUCAGUGCGCUGUAGCCGGUAGUCCAACACGAAGCCCUACAACAAGCCCCGUAAUUCACCUCCGCCGCCGUAAAACCCUACGGAUGCUGCUCAGCCGCGCCAGCAGCGGAACCGGCCGCCGUCUCCCCCGCCGCGAAGAAUCGCCAGAUCGGAAAAGGAAUUCCGCCGCCGCUGAUUCGUCGGAAAAGAACAAGGAGUUGGCGGUGGUCAGCCACAAGCUGAAGGACUUUUUUGUGUCUUCGCCGACGCUCGAAGAGAGGGCUACGGAGAAGAUCAGAGAUGUAGGAGAGGAGUUUUCGGCGGCAACCGCUGUUGCCGCCGGUGGUGGUGGUGUGGCUGGGCGGCGCGUCGGACAACGAUCGCUACGGCCGUUAUCGGCGGCGUUUCGGCAGCGAUUGCUCAGAAGAGCGUGGCGUCCUGUACUCGUUAGCAUACCCGAGUAGCCUUCGAAAUGUACGGAUAACGCAAUUUUUUUAUAAAAAUUUUAAAAUUACAUUUUUGUCUGUUGCUUCGUAAUUAUUAAUUUCAUAAAUUAAGUUUAAAUUAGAAAUUUGCUAAA